AAAAUCGAAAUUAAUUUAUACAGAGAAGCUAUCAAAAUGAGCAGUGUUAUCGCAGCAUUAAUCGGAUUGUCGGUGCUACUUCUAACGGGAGUACUAGAUUGGGAAGAUUGUCUGGGCGAGAAACAAGCGUGGGACACUUUGGUUUGGUUCGGAGUUCUUGUCGGGAUGGCGUCGCAACUAACUGCAUUAGGAGUUGUACCUUGGAUGUCUAAAUGCGUGGCCGAUUUUCUCAAAGCUCUCUCGGUUAGUUGGUAUGGUGCGUUUUGGAUUCUCCAACUUUCGUAUUUUUUCAUACAUUAUUUGUUUGCGAGCCAAACGGCGCAUGUUGGGGCUUUGUAUGCGGCUUUUCUUGCGAUGAAUUUGGCUUCGGGGGUGCCGGGUUUGAUGGCUACGAUGGCGUUGGCGUUGACUACUAAUGCUUUUGGUGCGAUCACGCAUUAUAGUAGCGGUCAAGCUGCUGUUUACUAUGGAGGUAUGUGUUUUUUUCCUUUAUUUAUUAUGUAUUUUUUCGUGUGUGUGAUAUGA